GGUGUAGCGGCGCAGUUGCUCGGCCUGCAUUGCAAUGGUUGUCGUGGUGUGAUGAGCUGGCCUUGUGGCUGUGCCAUGGAGAAAGACUUAGUGCGGCAGUGUCUCAGCCAUCACGGCCCUACAUUGUUGUCCUUGUUACGGUGCGAGCAACACGAGCAUGCGGGCUUCCAGCAGCUGCUCGGCGACCUGUCCAAAUGGCCGCAGUACAGGUAACAAACAUGGCCGGGCCCCCAUGGGGACAGGAGACACGGUGACCGAGAGACAGACAGAUAGCCAGCCAGCUCAGUGAGCUGUUACCCGGGACUGGCUGCUCCCAUCACUUCAAACAGCUGCGGUGUGAGUGCAUGGCUGCGGUAGCUGUAUGGUGCGGUGUGAGUGCAUGGCUGCGGUAGCUGUAUGGUGCGGUGUGAGUGCAUGGCUGGGGUGUGAGUGCAUGGCUGCGGUAGCUGUAUGGCUGGGGUGUGAGUGCAUGGCUGCGGUAGCUGUAUGGCUGGGGUGUGAGUGCAUGGCUACGGUAGCUGUAUGGCUGGGGUGUGAGUGCAUGGCUGCGGUAGCUGUAUGGCUGGGGUGUGAGUGCAUGGCUGCGGUAGCUGUAUGGCUGGGGUGUGAGUGCAUGGCUGCGGUAGCUGUAUGGCUGGAGUGUGAGUGCAUGGCUGGGAUAGCUGCAUGGCUGGGGUGUGAGUGCAUGGCUGGAAUAGCUUCAUGGCUGGGGUAGCUGCACAUGGCUGGGAGUAGCUGCAUGGCUGGGGUGUGGGGUGUAUGGCUGCGGUGUGGAGUGCAUGGCUGGGACCAGCUGUAUGGUGCGGUGUGGUGCAUGGCUGGGGUAGCUGUAUGGUGUGGUGUGGAGUGCAUGGCUGGGGGUAGCUGCAUGGCUGGGGGUGUGAGUGCAUGGCUGGGAUAGCUGUAUGGCUGGGGUGUGAGUGCAUGGCUGGAAUAGCUGUAUGGCUGCGGUGUGAGUGCAUGGCUGGGAUAGCUGUAUGGCUGCGGUGUGAGUGCAUGGCUGGGGUAACUGCAUGGCUGGGGUGUGAGUGCAUGGCUGGGAUAGCUGUAUGGCUGCGGUGUGAGUGCAUGGCUGGGGUGUGAGUGCAUGGCUGGGAUAGCUGUAUGGCUGCGGUGUGAGUGCAUGGCUGGGAUAGCUGCAUGGCUGGGAUAGCUGCAUGGCUGGGGUGUGGAGUGCAUGGCUGGGAUAGCUGCAUGGCUGGGGUGUGAGAGUUACAUGGCUGCGGUGUGAGUGCAUGGCUGGGUGUGAGUGCAUGGCUGGGAUAGCUACGUAGCUGGGGUGUGAGUGCAUGGCUGGGAUAGCUGCAUGGCUCUUGGUGUGGAGUGCAUGGCCUACUUGAUUGUGAGUGCAUGGCUGGGGUGUGAGUGCAUGGCUGGGAUAGCUGUAUGGCUGGGGUGUGGAGUGCAUAACUCUGGUAGCUGUAUGGCUGGGGUGUGAGUGCAUGGCUGGGGUAGCUGUAUGGCUGGGGUGUGAGUGCAUGGCUGGGAUAGCUGUAUGGCUGGGAUAGCUGUAUGGCUGGGAUAGCUGUAUGGCUGGGAUAGCUGUAUGGCUGGGAUAGCUGUAUGGCUGGGAUAGCUGUAUGGCUGGGGUGUGAGUGCAUGGCUGGGAUAGCUGUAUGGCUGGGGUGUGAGUGCAUGGCUGCGGUAGCUGUAUGGCUGGGGUGUGAGUGCAUGGCUGGGAUAGCUGUAUGGCUGGGGUGCAGGGCAGAGUUAUCUCCAUAGGUUAGUCCUAGAGAGCAAGAUUGCAUUGUUUACACAAGUAAUUUGACCACUGAAUGACCACAAUUUAAUUACCAAGUACAGUCCCUUAUUACUGUGUGGCAGUAUGUCAUACAAUUUAUAAAAACAAAAACUUACUGUGAGUGCUAUGGGACUACACCUCCCUGAAUGCUCUAACAGCCAUAAUGCUGGCAAAGCAUCAUGGGAGAUGUAGUCUACAACAUCUGCAGCGCAGAAGGUUGCCUGCCUCUGGAUUCUACACUGUAUCACUAUAUAACUUGCCUACCUCUGGUCUCUGUAAGUACUUUGUUUCAUACCGUACUGCAGCGGUAGGCAACCUACUGCAAUCCAGAUGUUGCGGACUACAUCUCCCUUAAUGCUGUUGAAAUGUUGGGAGAUGUAGUCCGCAACAUCUGGAGUGCCAAGGGUUGCCUACCCCUGCUGUACGAUAUGACUCCCUCUUACGUUACUGUGAAUGCUAUGGCUCACAUUGGGCAUUCACUAAACCGUGAUAUAUAGUGAAUUGAAAACUAAAUAGCAGCUUUUGAAAAAAAGUAUAAAUUUUACCUUUUAAUCACAGCUGUUUUAACCUAAAUUUUUAAGUUCAGUUUUAAAAUCACUACAGUCCACUGCUUAGUGAAUAAAUCCCACAAUGUAAUACAGUGCUUGUUACACCUACCAUACUAGGUGUAUAACAUGUAUACCUUGCAUUGCUGUGAAGGCAGCUGAAAACUUAUCACACAUUGCUAUAAACUAUUCAUACUCGUGUUUAUGUUGUCAAAUAUUGCUAUUCACUCAUACUAAACUUUAAUAAUCUUAGACAAACAUUUUGUGAGCUAUGUAUUUUAUACAACUUUAUGCAUAUCACGUUACUAAGUAAUACAAAAAAAAUCACUAUAUGGUAUCAUAUUUAAAUGAAUACUCCACUGCUCAAUUAACAAAAAUAUGUAAAAUAUCACUAAUUAGUAAACUUAACCUCAAUGAAAUCAUGCAUGUAUUUAAUUAUGCAUUUUUUUUUCAAUGGAGGUAUGUCUAACAGCUUGCAAAAGCUGACAAUAAAAAUACAAAAGUAAGAAUAUGAUAAGAGUGCUACAAUCACCUGUGUGAAUCACUCAAAAACACACAAAUUGUUUUUAUAGCUUGCAAAAGCUGCAGAUAUCUUGUCUGCAGCCUUUGCAAACAUUUCUAUUCUUUUCCAGCCCAGGCUUUCUGUGACUUCCCUAUCACAGUAUUCCCAGUUUCCCAGUGCAGCUCAAUGAGAAGUCCUAUCAGUCAGGUGCUCUGAGCAAUUGCUGCCUCUUGAGUUUAGCCCCUCUGAGCAAACCAGUAAGUAACAGGAAUGGUUGUCAGAUUGAUAGCUGGGGGUGGGUUUAAUGAUGAUGAUGAUUUAUAAAAGUUCACAAAAUUUUAUAGAAAUCUAGACUUUUUGCAAAAUGGUUUGAAAAAAGGACACAUUCUUCACACAGAAAUCAUUUCCGCAAGCUAAAGUACUUUAGGGGUUUGGAGUGUUCCUUUAAAGGGGAACUGCAUCUUCUCUGGAAAUUACAACAUUGAAUAAUACAUUUAGAGUCUUGUGUUUAGGAUUUUCCAUUUAAUAUUAUUAGGGUUAUUCGCUAAAGUGAGACUUCAAAGUGAAUUUCACCUUAAAGGAUCACUAUAGUGUCAGGAAAACAAAGCAGAUUUCCUGACACUAUAGUGCCCUGAGGGUGCCACCACUCUCAGGGUCUCCCUCCCGUGGCGCUGUAGGGGUUAAAACCCCUUCAGCAGCUAACCUUAUUCUGGUGACCUCUCCUCUCCCCUGAUGUCAGCGGAGCCGAAUGCGCAAGUGCCGCACGUGCAUUCAAGCUGUCAAUAGGAAAGCAUUUUUCAAUGCUUUCCUAUGGAUGCUCUGCACGAUGGAGGCAUAAUAUGCCUCCAGCGUCGCAGUUGCGCCUCUAGCGGCUGUCAGUGAGACAGCCACUAGAGGCUAGCUUAACCCCAAAUGUAAAUAUAGCAGUUUCCCUGAAACUGCUAUGUUUGCAUCUGAAGGGUUAAAACCUGAGGGACAUUGCACCAGACUACUUAAUUGAGCUGAAGUGGUCUGGGUGACUAUAGUGUCUCUUUAAGGGCCUUAGUAGCUAAACUGAAAACAUUUUCACCUUGAAUUUAAAAGUAACUGAAUUCUCACUUUAGUGAAUACCUUGUAAGAUUUAUUUUUAAUUUUUAUUAAAGAGGGUCUGCUUUCCCAAACUGGAAACUUCUUUAAUUUACAUGCUUGCUAGGGAAAGUAAUUGAAGGGUUACUCCAAGCACCAUGGUCACUUCAGUGAUAUGAAGUGGGCCUAGAGUCUGGAUGUACACAUUUUUUUGCUGUGAAACGCUGCAUCAGGUGGCUAAUGUUAAUGUUGAAGCAUCAUCAUGGGGCAGCAAAGUUGCCACAAAUUUUUCCCUCCCUCCAAUGCAUUAUUCAACCAGGUAAAUGCUGAAAUAAUGUUUACUGAAGGGACUGAACAAGGAACUAUCACUACUUGGGAAGUGACCAUUUAGCAAAUUACAUCAUAGUUCAGACCAGGCACAGUCAGGGCACAACCUUUAUAAUGGGGAAAAGAAAUGUAAACACUUGAUGAUUAUUGUUGACAUUUUUAUGUCUAAUUUUUGGUGCAAUUCAUUUGUUGGCUUUUUUCAUUUUUUUUUAAAUCUGAUGCUGUUUUUGCAUCAUAACUAUCAUUUAUUCUUAUACAGGGCUUUUUUUUUUUUUUUUCUCUCUCACCGGAACAGAUUUGUCAAGCUUUCUGUCUUUUCCAUACACACAAGUUUUCUUUUUCACUACAUAAUGAUAGUUUAAUUGGAAUUUAACUUUUAAGAACACUUUUUUAAAUAACUCAUCCCCCACUCCCCGUCAUGGUUAAUUUUUUCACUUUUCUGUAUGCUUUGUAUAUGUCAAGUAUAAAGGAAAGAUCUUGCAGCAAUGACUGGGCGUCAAGAUGAAGAUUCUUAUUUGCAGGAUAAAGAUCACAUAAAUGUUAAAUGUAGAGUAUUAGUAGACAUUGUAUUAAAAAUCCUUCCAAGUGACAGUUCCUAUUUACGUUGUAGUAUUUGCUUAUAUUUUUCACACUUGUGCUCAUCAUGCACAAUAUUUAACUGUAUACAUUGUUAUUCUUUUCUCAGGAAAGAAAGGAAUGUUGAUAACAUUGAAGUUCAGCAAUUUAUUGCAAGGAAAGCUGAUCUACUCUUUGCACUUUCAUGGAAGUCAAAUGUACAUGAGAACUCAGAAUCUGCAGAGUCAACAGAAGGUAGUCUGCUGAAAUCCAAAUAGCCUGUUUUGCUGAAAGUGAGGUGUGCAAAGUAUUUUAGCCCCAUACUCCGCUAAUCUAUUAGUAAAAUAUUUAAAUUGACUGUCUUUAUGAUGUGUCCAAAAUGUUUAAAUUAUAUAUUGCAAUUUUUAUUUUUUGGGGGGUUUUGCACAGAAUUGACAUUAACCAGCUCAGAACUUUGUUCUUGGUUGGCAAAUGAUACUGGCGCAGGUUAAAUUACAACUCUGUCAGCUAAGGGGUCAGUAUCUGUAUGUGCAGUGGGAAAAGCUGCACAUACAGACUCAUGCCACCAUGACCACUUCAGAUCAGUGAAGUGGUCAUUUUGCUUAGACCAACUCUUUUUAAUAAUGUCAUUAAACUCCUUUUUUAUCUUCCGUUUUUGGGGGAUCGGGAGAUCAAGGGGACAGGCACCUGAAAUGUAUAUCCAGCCCUGCCUAUGGCCUCUGCAUGACAGUCACUACGCUACUCAGUGCUUUUCUGUUUUACACAUGUGUGUCUAUCUACAUGCAACCAUGUGCAUUUCUGCAUAUGUAUGCUGUAUUACAAUUGUUGUGAGACAAAGUUCAUUGAACAUUAUUAUUUCACCUUUUCUUUCUUUCUUGUAAUAUAAAAGAUACAUAAUGAUGAAGGUUGUAUUAUGGGAAGGAUUUUCGAUCUUAUUGAUGAUAUCACCAGGACCCUGAGAUGGUAUUAUAUUCCCAUAACUGAAAUGUUUCCUUUCUUAAUUGAAUUACAGGGUAUUAUGCUGUGAUGCCUCCCUUGGAGCAGUUCAUGGAAGUUCCCAAUGUAGAGAAGAGGGAACUGUUCUUUCGGGAUGUAGAGCGUGGUGAUGUUGUAAUAGGAAAGAUAACCUCCAUUCGUGACUUUGGUUUUUUUAUGGUGCUAAUGGCAAUGGGUAGUGGCAUUUUAAGAGAUAUAGCAGCACUGGAAAUAAGUGUAAGUAUAUAGUUCUUAAUUUCUAAAAUUUCCUUACUGUUUAAAAGGUUAGAUUUGUGCUUUUGCGCAAAAUGAAUUUGGGGAAAAAUAAUUAGCCAUACUGUACAAAUUUGGAGAGGCAUUUAUGUCUGUACAAAAAUUGUGAUAUUGUAUUUAUUUUUCUCCUAGGCAUUAUGUCCUAUAAGAGAUGUGCCUUCUCAAAGCAGCCAUGGUGAUCCUUUAUCAUAUUAUCAGACUGGAGAUUUAAUCCAAGGUGAGGUUUUGUAAAAUGUGUUGCUACUUAAUUCCAAUGUAAGGUUUAUGUUGUAAAUAGUUUUCCACUAUAAAAGGACCACCCUGAGCACCAUAACAACGUAAUCACAAGAAAGUUGUUAUGGUGCCAGAAGGACCAUAGCCAGUUUUAUAAGUGGGAGCUAGUGAGAGGCUGAGAGUGUCUAAGGCUUCUUGAUUGAAUUUUAGGUCUUGGGUUAAACUGCUCAUAAAACAGAUGACUCCUGCGACCACAUGACACUUAACAACUUCAUCUUGAUUAAGUUGUUUUGGUGCCCAGAAUGUACUUUUUUUUUAAAUCAUUUUUUGUUGUUGUUUUACAGUGACUUCAAUAUGUAAUACUGUUCUUUGCAAUGAACUAAAUGAAAACUUUAAAUGUCUUUAUAUGUUAGCUGCCGUAAAGGAUAUUGACAGAUAUCAUGAAAAGCUGACAUUAUCUCUGCAGAAAUCUGCUCUACCUACACACAUGUCUUCAGUUAAACUGGGCGUAAUAAACCCCGAAGAAAUGCCUGAAUAUUACAAGUAAGAAAAUAAUGGCUUUGAAAUGGACAUUAAACCUGUAUAGUUUUACAUUUUUUUUUUUUUUUUUUUGGGGGGGGGGGAAUUACUUAAAUAUACAUAAACAAAAUGAACUCACUCUGCCUUCCAACCGUUUUUUAAAAUUCCAAACAACCUUCAGGAAAGGUUCUCCUGCUGGGCUAUAAUCAGUAGCUCCAAAGCCUGGUCUACAUAGUUUGCAGUCUCAAUACAUUUUGAUCCAACAAUGACUUGUAUAGAGUAAUGUUUUAAAACGGAACGUUCAGUAGAAUAGUUCCAUUCUUUAUUAGAAAAUGUAAACAAACUUCUUUAACGGCGUUCUAUGCCGUCCCCAUUAUAAUGGGCUUUAAAGUCUUUGCGGAGGCAUAGAACGCCGUAACUGCUUUCACACCCAGGAGCCUGCAACUACUCCCCUCCGCCCUGAUCCUCUUCAGGAGGGCCCUCCCACAGCAAAUGAGGCCCCCGGGAGCCAUGUGAUCGCUCUGGUUGGGGAUCGGCCUGCAGGGAGACUGUCUGGAAUAUAAGACAGUCCCCCUGCUGGUGGGUAGUGUAAAAAAAAAUAAAAAAAAUAAAUAAAAAUAUCAAACAUGUUUUAAAAUAAAUUAAGUGUGUGUAACAUCAUACAUAGUGUAUGUUAAUGUGUGUGUGUGUGUGUAUAUAUAUAUGUGUGUCUGUGUGUAUAUAUGUGUGUAUAUAUAUGUGUGUGUGUGUAUAUGUGUGCAGUUGUAUACUGCAAACACAAAUUAAAAGGAAUCCAUGUUUAAAAUGGAAUGAGGCAAAAAUGUGAUUCUUUGUUAAACUAAUUUGCAUAUGCCCACCCAGAAUCCUUUGCGGUUGUAACAUCACUGCUGAUUUGGGAUUUCUGUGGGAAAAGCAAGUCUUAUGGCUUGACUGGUGUGCAGAUUUUUGUUUAGCAUUGUAUUAACUAUCCACAUACUUCAGGUGGAAGGGGUUUUCAAUCACAAUUUUUCCCCACCAUAAUCUAUUUGGAUCUUUGCUAUAUAUAUAUAUAUAUAUAUAUAUAUAUAUAUAUAUAUAUAUAUAUAUAUAUAUAUAUAUAUAUAUAUAUAUAUAUAUCUAUCACUCCACCUUCCUUGAUGUACUUGCCUGGUGCUUGUCAGCAAACCGAUACAGCCAAAAGUACAAGAUAGCACUCUAGGGACUUCCAAGUUGAAUGAAUAAAACUUAGCUUUUAUUAGCUCAAAAUAAAAAUCAACGUUUCAGUCUGUAUCACAGACUUUCAUAUAUUUAUAUAUACACGUAUAAUUACAAUAAUAAAUAAAAAAUUCUAAAUUAUCUAAGUGUGUGUGUAUAUAUAUGUAUGUGUGUAACAAAUACACUUAGAAUGACUAUAUAUAUAUAAAAAAUUAAAAUUCUACACGUAUAUUUAAGUAAUAUUUUAACAUAAUUAUGUGAUUUAAUUAGACAUUAACAUGCCUGACAACCCAGGCAAAAAGUGCAGGGAAUUUGAAUUGCAAGCACUAUAUUUAACCCUGUAACUUUCCAAGACACCAUAAAACCUGUACAUGGGGGGUACUUUUUUACUCGGGAUACUUCGCUGAACACAAAUAUUAGUGUUUCAAAAUGGUAACUUUUACUGACUAUAUUGUUGUAAUACAAGUUACCAUUUUGAAACACUAAUAUUUGUGUUCAGCGAAGUCUCCCGAGUAAAACAGUACCCCCCAUGUACAGGUUUUAUGGUGUUUUGGAAAGUUAAAGUCCAAUAUAAGGCUUGCAUUGCAUUUUUUUUCACAUUGAAAUUUGCCAGAUUAGUUAUGUUAGCUUUUGAGACCGUGUGGUAGCCCAGGAAUAAGCAUUACCCCCAUGAUGGCAUACCAUUUGCAAAAGUAGACAACCCAAGGUAUUGCAAACUGGGUAUGUCCAGUCAUUUUUAGUAGCCACUUAGUUACAAACACUGGCCAAAUAUUAGUUUUUGUUUUUGUUUUUUUCACACAUAAAUAAAUAUGAACGAUAACUUUGGCCAGUGUUUGUGGCUAAGUGGCUACUACAAAAGACUGGACAUAACCCACUUGCAAUACCUUGGGUAGUCUACUUUUGCAAAUGGUAUGCCAUCAUGGGGGUAAAUCUCAUUCCUGGGCUACCACACCGUCUCAAAGGUAACAUUACUAAUCUGGCAAAUUUCAAUGUGAAAAAAAUGGAAUGUGCUGUAUUUGACCCUUUAACUUUCCAAAACACCGUAAAAACUGUUAAUGGGCACUACUGCUCUACUCGUGAGACUUUGUUGAAUCCAAAUAUGAGCUUUUUUGCAGUAAAAGCUAACCGUAUUAUGACAUUUACAGUUAAAAUGUGAGACGGAUCUUUUUUUUUUUAAUUAAAAUUGCUGUUUUUUUUAUUUUAUUCAUAAUAAAUUGUUUCAUAUAUAAAUAUUUGAUAUGCAAUGAAAGCCCUGUUUCUCCUGAACAAAAUGAUAUAUAAUAAGUGUGAGUGCAUAUAAUAUGAAAGAGGUGAAUUACGGUUGAACAGACCGCAAAUUCCAGUUUUUGUUUACAUUUUGUUUUGAUCAGAACAUGUACUAUUGACUCCAUCCAGAAGGGGCUAGUAUGACCAGGGUACAGCAAAAUAAAUUCUAGACCCUCGCAUGUUUUCUGUGGAAAUUCCAUGCUUAGUCAUUAAUUGUACAUAUCACAGAGUACUGGUGGUUUUUAAAAUGUGAUGUGUUUUCUGCAAGCAGUUAAAAUUUACGUGGUAUUUAGUUUUUGAUUUAAGGGGGCAAAACGGUUUUAGUAAGCAGGAAAGAUGGCAUAUGUGAUCAUAACCAGAACUGGAACAAUAAGUGAGAGAUGGUCCUGUAGUUUAAAAUAAGAACUUUAAAUGUUAUCCUGAUUUUAUAAAAAAAAAAAAAAAUGGGCUUAUUACCAGUCUUCAACUGUUUGUGUUUUUUUUUUUUUUUCUUCUAGGCAAAGUGCUGCAAUGUCCUCCAGCAGUGUGAACACUUACGAAAAGGUUUUGCAAAAUUCCUUAGCAUUUUCAAACCCAUCUACUGUAGAGUUUCUCCUUGGCAAACUAGGACUUAGUGAAUCCAAUCCACCAUCCUUAAUAAGAGGCCUUCAAAGGUAGUUGUGUUUUUGUUAUUUUCUGAUUUCCUGUUCACCUUCAACAACCUGGGUACGCUAGUUUGUUAGAUGUACUCAUACCUACUAGACCUGUUUGCUAAUAUUAAUUCUGCUCUAUAACAAUUCCUUUUUUUUAAAUUUAUUUUUGUAGGGAAAAUUUUUCCGAACAAGAUUAUGCUCCCUGUUUGAGGAAGAAACAGUCUUCUUCUUGGGCAUUAAAGUGGUAAGUAAUUAUUGCAUAUUAACUUUUUUUUUCUUCUUCAAGUUGACAUUUGUUUUCUGUCACUAAUACAUUUAUUUUGGUGCUAUUGUCUAGUGUGAAGAUAGGAGUUGAUUACUUCAAAGUGGGGCGUCACGUAGAUGCAAUGAACGAGUACAAUAAAGCUCUGGAAAUUGAUGCACAAAAUGUUGAAGCAUUGGUAGCACGAGGUGCACUGUGAGUUACUACCAAAACCUUUAAUCAUACCAAUUCCUUUCUUAAUCUGUUUGAUUAGUGAAUAUUUCCCUAGGACAUCUGUUGUAUUCAUUCUCAUUUUUUGGUUUUGUCAUCUUUACUAAUAUAAGUUGUGUUUUUGAAUGUAAUUUUGAUGUUUAAUAAUUUUGAGUUUGUUAGUUUGAACCUUUUCCUUAAAUCGAGACAAUCUUCCAAAGAGGAUCUUUGUCUACAACUGCAAUAAUUCUGUGCCAUUCUUGGGCAAUGUGUGCAUAUGUUAGUCACCUUUUUGGUAUACAUUCAAUCUUAAAAAUUGUUUUUUUUGUUUUUUUUUAUACUUGAUUGUAUCUUUUGCCUUUAUAGUCUAUAUAAAUAAACUGAGUUGUUAUCAGAACUACAACAUAUCUAAAUUAUGAAAACUGCCUAUUAUGGGGUGCCAUAUAUUUAUUUUCUAUGAAUAAAUGAUAGUUAUGAUGCAAAAACAGCAUCAGAUGAAAAAAGAAAAAGCCAACAAAUGAAUUGCACCAAAAAUUAGACAUAAAAAUGUCAACAAUAAUCAUAUAUAUUCUAUGAAUAUUGCUAGCACAGUCUGUCAUGGAACCUUAUUAUUUAUUAACUGCUGCCAUGCCUUUUUUUUUUUUUCUUGAGGUAUAUUUUUAAAAGGAUUCAGGCAAACAAAAUUUGCCGGUCAUCUAUAGGCUGCUAAUUUAUGAGCAUAUUUCAUACAAUGCUGUAGGAGUAGGCAUACAAUAGAAAUUUUGAGGUUCUUCUUUGGGAAACCUGGGGUUAUACAAAAAUCCUGUUAGUGCUCUGUUAAUGUGUUCAUUACAUUUUGUGUGCUCUCUUAAGCUUUUUUUAAUGUCGCCGUUGCAUAUUAUAGAUUUUCUUACUUGUUUUACAAUUUCUUGCAGUUACGCUACAAAGGGAAGCCUUAACAAAGCAAUACAUGAUUUUGAAAUUGCUCUUGAAAACUGUCCUACUCAUCGAAAUGCAAGAAAAUAUCUCUGCCAAACUCUUGUGGAGAGAGGUGGCCAGUGAGUAUAUUGUUUAAAAUAUUGCUAUACCAGCAUAUCUGGAAAAUAAUAGAAUGGGUCUCUGUUUGAAAUCUGUUCUUUGAUUGAUUCUUUACAAUAGAAUAUGGCACUGGGAUUCUGGAAGUUCCCAUCAGACCAAGAUCUGCCAUAGUAAAGCCUGAUAUGGUGGCAGAAGCUCUGCCAAUUGACACAAUUAAGACAGUCUUUAUAUUGCCUCAUUCUUAUCUAGCAAUUGUGUUGACAUUUUAUUGAAACUCUAAUGCAAUGUUUGAUGGACUGGUCACAACUUGUACAAGCCUCAUAUGAGGUCUCGGCAUACUCAACAUUGAUAUCUAUCUUUCACUCCUGCCUGAACUCCAAUAGUGUAUUUAAUGAAUGUAAAUUAAGAUGAAUUAACUAUCCCUUUCGAUUUGUAGGACAGAGUAGCUGAAUUUUUAAAAAUCACCAAAAGUUUGAUUUGGGCUAUUUUGGCCUAAAAUGUGAAAUGUACUUUGAUUGCUGAAUGACUUAUAUUUUAUUAAAUAACCCUGCAAGUGUCAGAAGUUACUGGUUUGUUGUAAAAACAUCUUAUGUGUAAAUUUUCUAAUUUUUAGGUUGGAAGAAGAAGAUAAACUACCGAAUGCUGAAAGUUAUUACACGAAAGCAUUGAGUAUAGACAAGACCUUCACAGAAGCCGAAGAGGCAUUAAAUAAAGUGCGCCAAUGCAUGCAGGUGAUCCUUUAUAUUCUCUCAAUCUCCUCCUAGCUAGUACAGAUACAACUGAACUAUUGGGGAAGAAAACAAUAUACAGUUUCCCAAAAUAAAUACUGGGCUUGAGCUCUUAUUCUUUUAAAUAGUAGCCCAGAUAUAUUACCCCCUUUCCCACCCUAAGUACUGUUUAUUGAUGAUAAAAGGUGUUUAUUUUAUUCCUGUAAUACUGAUGAUGUAUUUUUCCUAUGUGUAUCUCCUCCUGCUUUGAACGGUUGAUGCUGUGGCUGUGAAUAUCCAUUAUUGCUCUUUACAUAUUGAAACUGGACUGUGAUUCGUAACCCACCACCUUUUUAAUGGACCUGCGUCUUUCAAUAACUGGUUUGUAUGAAAUAAAUUAUUUAAUCCAAUUACUGUUGAUCAAUUUCAAACUAAACUUUUGUACAAAAUUGUUCUUCUGGAUAUUGUGCUCCUACAUAUUUUUUGACUUUCAUUCCACUGGCACAUUACUGAAAUAUUUUUACAAUACACCAUUGUGCCAUGAUAUUUUAUUACCAUCUAAAUAACAUACACCUUUUGUAACUGGGAAAUGGUUGCUUGCACUAUACAUUUAUUUUUUUUACGUGAUCUUUGCCAACUGCACACUUAAUUUAUUGGUUUUAAUAUUUGCCAUUUCUGGGGUGGGGUGUAUACUGAUAUUUCCUCUGGAAUAUUUUUAUUAACAUUUCUUUUUUGAUAACUGGGUUUAAAAAAAGAAAUCUUUGGAAAAAAGAGAGACACAUGAUGAAAAAGAAGAGAAACCCAAAGAAAAGAAAAUCGAAACAAGCGCAGAAAAAUUGCGUAAACUUCUAAAAGAAGAGAAAAGGUAUGCACAUCAUAUGGUUUCAGAAACAAUGACACAGGUAUGAUUUAAAAUAGCCACGUGGAAUAGAAAUGGUGACUAGAAAGGAAUGCAAAUGCUAUGAUGGAUUACUACCAAUAUUUGGAAUUUUUUUUUUCCCUCCUGUGUCAUUUAGCUCUCAUUGUUAUAGGAACACAGAGAUGGCUAUUUUUUUUCCCAUUAUUAUCAAUUCAUCUUAAUUAUCUGUGUAAAGGAGUGUCAAGAAGGUAUGGUUUAUAUUGUGGUAUAUAGCACUUUACUAAUCUUAAUGGGUAGGAAAACAUGUGUCAGCUGAAAUUGGAGAGUCUAAGCAAUGUUAAAUGUAGUUACUAGAUACAAGGUGGCUUUUCUGAAAUUCUAAUGGUUGAUGUUCUAGGAAGAGGAAACACAGACAGCGAUCUUCAUCAAGUAGUUCUUCCUCAGACACCUCUUGCUCUUCAGAUUCAUCCUCUUACAGUCAUAAAAAGCAUAAAAAAAAGAAGAGGCGUAAAAGAAAUUCAGAAUCCUCAAGUCAAUCUAAAAAAUAUUCUUCUAAUGCUCCUUUACAUAAGGAUGAAGAAUCUUACAGUCCUCCGGCAGACACAUCAGCUUCCUUUCUAAACCGCAAGUGUGAUAUGAAAAAAGGUCUAGAAGAAAGUGAAAAGGCUGCCUCUUGUAGAAGGUUUUCAAAUGACAAAGCAAGAUACAGAUCUUUGUCCUCUUCAUCUGUGGAGAUCUUGGAAUCUUAUGGAGGCAGGUCUGAAGAUUCCCGGGAUUCAUACAGCAGUGCAAAAACUCAAGCUAGUAGCAGCAGGACAAAUAGCGAGGCUAAAAGUAGUAAAUACAAAUCUAGUCGAAGAGAUUCUACGGACUACUGCUACAAGAAAACAGAGGACAGACCUGACUACCCCAAACAAUAUCAAGGUCAUAAAUAUUACAAUAGAAGGUCAGAAUCUGAUUCUGCUGAAAAGCAGUCUACUUCAAAGAGUUCUAGAUCACUCCAAUCAGAUACACCAUGUAAAGAAAAUGCAAGGAGACUGGAAAACGAUAAAGCGCAAAAUGGAAAUACAUCUGCUGCCAAGGUUUUGCCUGGAAAUUUAUUAAAUAUUCUUAGCCAGAUUGCAGAGUUUGAGAAGGAAAAGGGCAGCAAGCAAAAUUAGCAGGAAAUGCAUAAAACCAUGUUGUACUAUCUGUCGCUCUAACACCAAUGAAAUGUGUGCAUUAUAAUAAAAAAACUUGCCAAUCAUUAAAUACCAAUUUUAAUCACCUGAUUCAGGAUCAAUUUUGGUAUGCAAACCUCUAUUUGAAAAACUAGCAGUUUGUUUUUGUUUUUACACUUUUUUUUUAAGUGGGUGGUAAACAUUACCUAUUUUUAUAAAGGAUGAAAGAAAAAUGCCUUAUCUAAUGCAGUUGUCCCUGAACCUGUUUUCAAGGUUUAGCACACAGGUCGGUUUUUGAAGGAUAUCUUUUUAUGAGCAAGGUGAGUCAAUCUUCCUGAACGAAGGGCUAAUUAACCGGGUAUUCUCACUGGGCCUGAGGUGGUGAUAUUUAUCGAUAGGUGCACAUUUAAAAAGUAAACCUUUCUGCUAUUACAUCACUAGCUGCUCCUAAAGCCUUUUGUACAAAGUUCUGUGUUUGGAGGACCAAACGGCUGGAAAAACUCACUGCAUUCUCAAUUCCAUUGUUGCCGUGUUUAUAUUAAUAUUGAUUUAAAUUAACAUUGUAAGCCAUGUCCAUGAAUUGUGAAGUCCAAUUUGUGAUAAAAGGCCUUGUAUUCUUAAUAAAGUUUCACCUUGCUAAGUAGUGUGCUAAUUUUAUUUUCAAGUGUUCAAUUUGAGUUGUUUAUAUGAAGAAGAAAAAGGUAAUUGAAACCUUUUACUCGAGAUACUCUCAGGGACUGCCGUGCAGUUGUGAUUUACUUACCUGUGCGAAAGCAAGUUAUCAUGUAAUACUUGCUUUUGUUGCAAGCGGUUCUGAAGAACACUGUUUUAAUGCAGGAGUACAAUUUUAUCACUUUUAUUUUAAGAGAAUAAUAAAUGCCUUUACAAGCUGGGUUGUGUUUUGUGAUUAAGUAUACCUCCUGAAGUAAAAAUAAUUUUUGAAUUACACAUUAUUUUUUUUGUUGUAAAUAAGGGAAGAGUCUGGUAUUGAGACAACAAUAAAAAGGGUUGCUUAUACUAUUUGCCUUCAAGUGUAAUUUUUCAUUUGACAUCAUUACUAUUUGUGACCCUUUUGAGAUCCUUCUCUGGUAGAAGUCUUCAAGCUGCGAGUUGAUGAGAUACUUGAUGAGGGAGAAGCAGGAGGUAGGCCAAUAUCAAGCACUUUAAUACGUGGAGAAGUACCUGAACUAGAUGAAGAUCUAGAAGAGUUUGAUCUACAAAACAAAAUCAGAAAUACAGUUCAGUUUUUCAUAUAAUUGACAUCUUCAUUUAGUGUUUUAUAUUGAAGGAAUACUCAAUACACCAUAAGCACUACAGCAUACUGUAGCUUUUAUGGUGCAAGGAGUGCCCAUUUUACACAAG